GAUACGUGGUCUGCUCACGUCGGACGGCUUCGGCCCAAAGACGCAGCUGGAAAUGGUAACCGUGGCCUACUUCGACGGUGCCUGGCAGGCGCCCUUUCAGCCAACAUUUACGGGACCCGACGACUUUCACGUGGAUGGUCACACGGUCACUCGCGUGGACAUGAUGAACCAGAUGCACUCGUUCGGCAUAUCCCACUGCGACCAGCUCCAAGCCACGGCGCUCGAGAUGUCCCACAUGGGCGGCAAGACGAGCAUGGUCCUCAUCCUGCCCGACCAGAUGGACGGCCUGUCGCGUCUUGAGGAGAACCUGACCGCGCAGCGGCUGUCGGACCUCUUGCACGGCCUGCGCGAGAGGCCCAACGUGAUGGUCAAGAUGCCCAAGUUCUCGGUCGUGACCUGUCGAGGACUGCGGCUCGCCCUCCAGGAUCUGGGAGUGCGCGAGCUGUUCACACUGAAAGCCGACCUGUCUGGUAUAUUCAAGGCCGCAAGUCCAGCCCUGGCCGACAUCAUCCACGGGGCCUUCCUAGAGGUGAACGAGGAAGGUGCCGAGAUUCCCCCGCCUUCCACGGACGAGGCCGUGCUCGGAUGUGGCCCUGGAGUCGGGGACAUCACGCACUUCGUCGUGAACCACCCGUUCAUGUUUGUCGUCAGGCCCCGGCAGUCGAACGUUUUUUAUCUGAUGGGAUCAGUGAGAAGGCCAUGAGCAACCUUGCUGUGACCCUCUUCGUCCAGAUCAUGGACUAGUUCGGCAUUCCGGAGUAUCGAGCUGGGAGGCCGUCGAGGGAGAACGCAAGCCGUCGGCGGUGGUCCUUCCCCAUCAGUCGGUAUUUCUGCCGACGGUGAUUUUCUUACGAUGCGUAAUCAAUUGAAAAUAUGCCUCUAAAUAAAAAGACACUUUAUUGCGACAUGAGGGCUUUUA